UAUAAACUUCGAGACAAUCGCAAUGCUACAUAUCUUUCAGUUCUUGCAAACUAUCCCCUUUCUCAACUCCGUCCUUGUUGUCGGCCUAUCUUUUUUCUUCUUCAUUUUCCUCAAGAGAUUUGUGCUAUCGGGUCGCAACAUGGGAUCUACCAGCCUUCCGACUGUCCCAGAGGUACCGGGGCUACCGAUUAUAGGAAAUCUGCUGCAGCUGAAAGAGAAGAAACCUCACAAGACAUUCACGAAAUGGGCAGAGACAUACGGACCUGUUUAUUCUAUCAGAACCGGGGCUUCUACUCUUGUUGUCAUCAAUUCUCCCGAGACGGCCAAAGAGGCCAUGGUGACAAGGUUUUCAUCCAUUUCAACUAGAAAGCUAUCGAACGCGUUGAAGGUUCUAACUUUUGAUAAAUGUAUGGUUGCAACCAGUGACUACGACGACUUUCACAAAAUGGCCAAACGAUGUUUGCUGACAAAUACCUUGGGUUCAAGUGCCCAGAGACGACACCGACACCACAGAGAAACUAUGAUUGAAAAUAUAUUAAGCCAGUUUCAUUCUUUGGUGAGAGAUGAUCCUCUCCAACCUGUCAACUUCAGGGAAGUGUUCGAGUCUGAACUUUUCGGAUUGGCAAUGAAGCAAGCAUUGGGAAAGGACGUGCAGUCGAUUUAUGUGGAGGAACUUGGUACAACUUUCUCGAGAAAACAACUACAUAGAGUUCUAGUCCUUGAUAUGAUGGAGGGUGCAAUUGACGUAGAUUGGCGAGAUUUCUUCCCAUAUUUGAAAUGGAUUCCUAACAAAAGUUUUGAAAUGAAUAUCCAGCAAAAGCAUUUCAGGAGGAUGACAGUGAUGAAUGCCCUUAUCAAGGAGCAGAUGGAACGAAUCGGUUCAGGAGAGGAAGUGAAUUGUUAUCUUGAUUACUUGUUGUUCGAAGCAAAGACACUUACAAAGGAGCAGCUAGCUAUGUUACUCUGGGAGACAAUCAUUGAAACAGCAGAUACUACUCUGGUCACAACAGAGUGGGCAAUGUAUCAGCUUGCUAAAGAUCCAACCCGACAGGAUCGUCUCUAUCAUGAAAUAGAAAAGGUUUGUGGUUCUAACAAGAUCAAGGAAGAAAACUUUUCUCCAGUCCGAUACUUGGAUGCUGUUUUCCAUGAAACCCUUAGGAAGCACAGUCCGGCUCCAUUAGUUCCUUUAAGAUAUGUUCAUGAAGAUACUCAAAUAGGAGGUUAUUAUAUACCAGCAGGAACUGAGAUUGCUAUCAAUAUCUAUGGUUGUAACAUGGACAAGAAUCAUUGGGAAAACCCUGAAGAGUGGAAUCCAGAGAGGUUUAUCGGUGAACAAUACGACCCUGUGGAUUUACACAAGACAAUGGCAUUCGGAGCUGGGAAGAGGGCGUGUGCAGGUUCUCUUCAGGCAAUGUUGCUCGCUUGUGCAGCAAUUGGUAGGUUGGUGCAGGAAUAUGAGUGGAGCCUGAAAGAUGGUGAAGAAGAGAAAGUUGAUACAGUUGGGCUGACCUCUCAGAAGCUGCAUCCACUGUUGGCAAUCCUAAAACCAAGAAAUUAAGGGGAAUACCCUCAACUUAAUAAAAAAAUAAAAAUAAAGCAUCGAUGAACCAUCAAUCUCUUGCCAAAACUAAUGUAUGCCUAUAGGCCACCAAGGAAUUACUUUUAACUAUGUGAGACUGAGGUUUAGUUCUCUGAGUCCAAUAUAGUUGCAUUUGGAGAUGAAAUUUAGCAGUAAAUGGGCUUAGAAAAUUGUUCCAUCUGAAUGCAUGUUUCUGAACCAUGUCUUGUCGUCGUCAUUUGUGAACCUGUCCAAUAACAGAUUUGGAUUGUUUGUGCUAUACAAAUAGAAGGAUAAGCGUUGGGGUAGAGGGACCCAAAUAGAAGGAUCCUUGAACCA